UAUGGUAUAUUCUCAGAUGUUGACGAAUGUGUAGAUGGGACUCACAACUGCGACUCAAACGCUCUGUGUAGCAACAGCGUUGGCUCGUUCACAUGUGCCUGUUUCCAAGGAUACUCAGGAAGUGGGACAGUCUGUUCUGGUAAGUUAAAGGGUUAACAAUGUCCUAGUGAUCAGGUGAUCAUAUUGGCCUCAUAGACGUUGUACGUGUGAUGGAGUCCGUGUUGUAUCAAAUUGCAGUAUGGGACUGUUUUGGGAACAAAAUUCCUACAUAACAACAAUCUGAUUGGUUUGCAGGAAGCGGCUGUGCCUCCCCAAACAAUCCCGCAAUGCAAUUCGACACAUUGCCGACCCAGUCUCUCGCACAACCUUAACAAAAACUAAAAAGCACUUAAUUUGGGUGUUAAUUAUUUCGGCACUUAAGUACUAAUUAGUAAACUAUUAUUACGUCUUGUACUGGAGACGGGACGUCAUCCGAGUCAUGCGGAGGUCUAGCCGUUUACGGGGCAAAGGCAAUACCUUCAUUUCUCAGUUAUUUUAAGACCGUUUGGAUUGGUCCCGCCCUGGGAAUCGAUGCUAGUCCUCCCGCUCUUCAGCCAAUUGUUCUACCGACUGAGCUAAUACAGCGACCGACUGAGCCAAUACAGCGUCGGUUCAAAAAUAUCAAUUGAAUAUUCACCUAAGACUACUGAGGAAAAGAAACCACCCUUUCAAAAGUGUUCAGUUAAGACACCACCUAGGAUUUAAGAUUGAAAAUGUAACUAAAAGUUAAUAGUAACUGCCUUGUCUUAUCUUGGUAUUUGAAAUCUGAACUGAGAUUAGCUAGAUUAGUUGCACCGCCACGUUUAAGAAAAGGCAUUGUUUCAUCGAGGUGUCAAUCUAUGUUUCACUAUAAUAAUUAUGAAGAUAGGUUUUGUUGGUAUUGAUUAUUAAUAUGUCAUGAUUAAGAGCCUUAAAGGCUUCAUAAAAUCCGUUUCAUUUGUUUCUAUAGCUUAAAUAACACGAAAUGUGACUAGAUAUUUCUGUUCAUGGUAUUUUCAAAACUCCAUUUCAUGGCCAUAACCAUCAACCAUCCAAAUCAUCCAUCCAAUGACCAUCAACUGGCGUGAUGCAACUCCCUUUGACUCUGAAGACAAUUAACGCACAGAAACGUCAGUCAUGCACUGUCAAAAACAGUUCUUUCAUGGACUACGCUCACUCGGACGGUCACACGCCAAACCUUUCACAGUUUUACCAUUUUUUUUGUGUUGUAACAGAUAUUGAUGAGUGCACAACAAAUGCGCACAACUGUCACUUAGAUGCGACGUGUAGCAAUACAGGUGGUUCAUUCACUUGUAGCUGUAAUCAAGGUUACUCCGGGGAUGGAAAACAGUGCGACGGUAUGUUUGUAAUCUUAGUAUCAAGAAAACGGAAGAUUCCAUGUUAACCCUGGUGUUGCGGGAAGGGGAGAAUUGUGUGGCGGGGUGGUGGUUGCCAAGCGAAUAUUAAGGUUUUUCUUCGUUAUUUCAAAAAUGACGUUCUGCAAUCGUAUCUUUUUUACUUAUCGGUAACCCUUUUUGCAUAUUAGGUAAACGAAGCGCACAAAUGAAAAACGACUUUUAAAAACAAAUUUUAACUUUUACUUUUUUAACAAAUUUUAACUAGCUUUUGACUGUUGGAUUGUAAAUGUUGCUUCGAAUAAUUUUAGUUUACCUCCUAAAAUAAACAUUUCAAUUAACUGUUCUGUCUUUCGUUUAAACAACAUUUAGCCUGUUUUUGUUUUCUAUAGUAUAUUCCAAACCCGAUAAUAGCGGAGUGUUCGCGCGUGCGGCGGAGCCCCAUUGCUAAGAUAAAUUUGUAACCUGUGAGAGCAAGAAAAUUCGUUUAUGACGUAGCGUACGAACGCCGACCGUCCGUUCACCCACUGCAUGUAGGCCGAUGCCAAAUUUAAAGUUAUUAUGGCGGGAAAGCGUAUGGCCACCCACGUCUUGUGAAGCAGACACGACUAAAGAGUCAAUAAAGACGAGAACGGAAAGCGGAAAAUGUUUCCGUAUCCGUGUUGUCUAAAGUAUUAAGCUUAGAUUAAUUGUCAUGUCCGCAAAUGUGGAAUAUAGAGAAAGAGAAUUGAAGACAGAGAAAAAGAGAAAUUAGGGCGAGAGGCCAGCAAACUCAACGCCGGAGAUAUAGAGCUAGAGCUAGAGAGAAAAAACAAAGGAGACAGACAUUUUUUUUGGAGGAACAACAUGAAAUUUGUAGCAGCGGUGAGAAAAUGAGCAAUGCUAGCGGCAACCGGGGUGAAAAGAACGAUAGUGAAAGAAAAAACAAAAAACAAAAAAAACAAAACAAAACAAAACAAAAACGCGUACGACUUUUCCUCUAUAAAUCGUGUAACGAGGAAGUUUCUGGAAGUUUCACGUUGUAGUCGUGCAAAACAACGACAAAGAAAUGGACGUAAAAAGUGUGCUGCACUUGUAAAGUUGCUUUUUCUACUAAUUAGACCUAUUGUUGUGUUUUCACCGUUCUCGUUGCCUUCGCCGCUUAGCAUUACAGGAUUUGAUAUUUUGUUUGAACAAACCAUAAAUACUAUCAAGAGCUUCGCUUUAGCCCUUACUAAAUCUGUAUAUUACAGUGUGUCCAAUUAACCUUAUAAAAUAUAGGUAGUGUAGGUGGGCCCUGGGUUAUUUGUUUGGGAAGAAUUUGUUUUCCAGGCCUAAUCUAUUGUGAUCAAGAGCUAUUGAUUAUGGCUCUUGACUCACCGAAGAUGAUUGUUAAUUUUUGGGUGCAUAUAUAAGACUAUUAAGUCGAUGUAAGCUUUGCUUCUGACUGUUUGCAAAUAAUUUUUCUCUAAAAUCACUAAGCCUUUCCCUUAAAAGUCACAUGAAUGUGGCCUAAUGUGUUUGAUUUAAAUUAUAGAUUUAUUAAUGGGAGCUUGGGUUUUAGCCCUGGCUUAAUAUAUAUAUAUAUAUAUAUAUAUAUAUAUAUAUAUAAGUUUUAUCAUGUCAGAUGCAAAAGUAUUGAAACCUCGAUCUUUAAUGUAAACGGAAACAGCUUACCGGACCCGUUAAUUAUAGGGACCUUCGAGAAAGGGGCCCCAGGACCCAUCUCACUUGUAGACCAAAAUAAGGCCCGCAAGGCUAAAACAAACAGUGCUCAUGACUGUCACGCAGAAGCAGUCUGUAGCAAUACAGAUGGUUCAUUCACUUGCAGUUGUAACCAAGGAUAAACAUUCUCAAUUUCUGUAUAAACUUUAUACUUUCAGUUUUAAAUCUCUCCACCCCACAGCACACCAUGUUUUUCUUUUUGCAAGGAGAUGUCUAAACAGUCGUGUAAAACUGCCCCAGCAAACAAUCUGCUUAAGCACUUACCCAAUUUUUGUACCUAUUUCAUGUUGAGCUCAUACAACUUGUCUCAAUAAGUUAUGGUAUAUCCUCAGAUGUUGACGAAUGUCAGGAUGGGACUCACAACUGCGACUCAAACGCUCUGUGUAACAACAGCGUUGGUUCGUUCAUAUGUGCCUGUUUCCAAGGAUACUCAGGAAGUGGGACAGUCUGUUCUGGUAAGUUAAAGGGUUAGCAAUGUCCUAGUGAUCAUGUGAUCAUAUUGGCCUCAUAGAGGUGGUACGUGUGAUGGAGUCGGUGUUGUAUCAAAUUGCAUUAUAGGACUGUUUUGGGAACAAAACUCCCACAUAACAACAAUCUGAUUGGUUUGCAGCAAGCGACAGUGCCUCCCCAAACAGUCCCGCGAUGCAACUCGACACAUGGCCGACUCAGUCUCUCCCACAACCUUAACAAAAACUAAAAAGCACUUAAUUUGGGUGUUAAUUGUUUAGGCAUUAAUUAAAAGUACUAAUUAGUAAACUAUUAUUACGUCUUGUAGGGACGUCAUCCGAACCACGCUGAGGUCUAGCCGUUUACGGGGCAAAAGCAAUACCUUUAUUUCUCAGUUAUUUUAAGACCGUUUGGAUUGGUCCCGCCCUAGGAAUCGAUGCUAGUCUUCCCGCUCUGCAGCCAAUUGUUCUACCGACUGAGCUAAUACAGCGUCGGUUCAAAUAUAUCAAUUGAAUAUUCACUUAAGACUACUGAGGAAAAGAAACCACCCUUUCAAAAGUGUUCAGUUAUGACACCACCUAGGAUUUAAGAUUGAAAAUGUAGCUAAAGGUUAAUAGUAACUGCCUUGUCUUAUCUUGGUAUUUGAAAUCUGAACUGAGAUUAACUAGAUUAGUUGCACCGUCACGUUUAAAAAAAGACAAUGUUUCAUCGAGGUGUCAAUCUAUGUUUCACCAUAAUAAUUAUGAAGAUAGGUUUUGUUGGUAUUGAUUAUUAAUAUGUCAUGAUUAAGAGCCUUAAAGGCUUUAUAAAAUCCGUUUCAUUUGUUUCUAUAGCUAACACUUACUAACUCCAUUUCAUGGCCAUAACCAUCAACCAUCAAAAUCAACCAUCCAAUGACCAUCAACUGGCGUGAUGCAACUCCCUUUGACUCUGAAGACAACUAAUGCACAGAAACGACAGUCAUGCACUGUCAAAAACAGUUCUUUCAUGGACUACGCUCACUCGGACGGUCACACGCCAAACCUUUCACAGUUUUACCAUUUUUUUUGUGUCGUAACAGAUAUUGAUGAAUGCACAACAAAUGCGCACGACUGUCACUUAGAUGCGACGUGCAGCAAUACAGGUGGUUCAUUCACUUGUAGCUGUAAUCAAGGUUACUCCGGGGAUGGAAAACAGUGCGACGGUAUGUUUGUAAUAUUAAUAUCAAGAAAACGGAAGAUUCCAUGUUAA